UUUGUGUGCGUGUUUUAUUCUGAAAAGUCCUGGAACUCCAGCGAUUUAUGUAAAAGGGACACCCAAACCCUAAACCCGGGUGCCACUUGUAUCUGAUGCGUGAUUUGCCUUGCCUCCAUAUCCAUUUUUUUAAUUUCCUCGGCUGCUAUUGGUGCAACUUUAAAAGACAAACUGAGCUUUUAAUCAACAAUCUUUUCAUUUCAUUUCCUUAACCCAGUCACCAUCCAAAUCCUAUAUUAAAAAACAGCCAUUUUCCUCCCCUACCACAACACUGCUUUUAAAACAUCUCAUGCAAAGGUUAGCGUUAGUUCUUACAGUAUUGGGUUCCUUAAUCAUGUUUUAGUUCAAUAUUUUCUCUCUUUUUGGGUUUGAGUUUCUGGUAUGGGUACUUGGGUAUUACAGUACCAAAACAAGAGGUUCAUCCUCAUUCUCAUGAACAUUUCAUUCCUCUUGGUGGCAUCUGUUUUCCUGAUGAUGUGUUCCAGUUCUUCACAAGUUGUUUUAGGGAGCAAUGGUUCUAAAUUUCGCAAUAGCCAGCAAGAUUGUAAAGCCCUGGAGGAUUUAGAUGAUUAUAAAGCCAAGUGUUCUUAUCUCAAGUCUAAUAAUAACCCAUGUGUUUAUCAAGGCUAUGUUGAUUAUCUUUACCAUUUUUAUUGCAAUUUUGGAAGAUUUCCUGUGUUGGGUCUUUGCCUCCUGAUUGCUUGGCUUAUUGUCUUGUUUUAUCUUUUGGGAAAUACAGCCUCUGAAUACUUCUGUUAUUCCCUUGAAAGCUUGUCAAGCCUGUUAAAAUUGUCCCCUACGCUUGCUGGUGUUACACUCUUGUCUCUUGGCAACGGUGCCCCUGAUGUGUUUUCUAGCGUAGUCUCUUUCAUGGAUAGCGCUACACAGGACGUUGGCCUAAACACUGUUUUAGGUGGUGUUUUCUUUGUGACUUGUAUCGUGGUCGGAAUGAUAGGCACUUUCGUACACCGGAAACGGGUUGCGGUCAACAAACCGGCCUUUGUAAGAGAUGUUUGCUACCUCCUUUUGGUUCUUGUGUCCUUAAUUUUGAUAUUGAUUAAGGGGGAAAUCAAUCUUUGGGGAGCAAUGGCCUUUUCUUCAAUGUAUAUUGUUUAUGUCAUCCUUGUUUACAUCAUAUAUAUUGUUUGGAAUUCUGGUGGAAGGGACAUAACGGAUUCGGAUUCGAGCUAUAACAGCGGUUUGAACAUACCGAUUUUGAACGGAAUCGACAAAGUGGAGAUCGAUUAUUUAGAGGAAGGGGAUGUGAAAGAUGUAAAAGGAGAUGAAUUCAAGAACUGUUGCUUAUGUUUAAGAAUAUCAGAUACUUGGAGUGUGUUACUUUGGGUCCUUGAGAUGCCCCUGUAUUUACCUAGGAGAUUAACCAUCCCAAUUGCUUGUCAAGAAAGAUGGUCUAAACCAGUUGCAGUUGUUUCAGUGACAUUUGCACCAAUUCUCUUAUCUGUACUUUGGGACCUUCAAGAUGACAAUCUAACCUUCAAAACUGGUCUGGUGGUCUAUGGAAUCGGGGUCCUGUUUGGCAUCAGUUUUGGGUUUCUUGCAUAUUUGAGAACCGAAAAAUCUAGCCCACCAAAGACCUGCUUGUUCCCUUGGUUAGCUGGAGGGUUCUUGAUGAGUGUGGUUUGGAGUUACAUCAUAGCUCAAGAAUUGGUUGGCUUAUUGAUUUCACUUGGCCACAUACUUGGAAUCUCUCAGUCAAUCCUUGGUUUCACAGUCCUUGCUUGGGGCAACUCACUUGGAGACAUUGUCACCAACUUGACAAUGGCAUUGAAUGGUGGUCCAGAAGGGGUUCAAGUGGCUAUAUCAGGCUGCUAUGCUGGUCCUAUCUUCAACACUCUCUUUGGUUUAGGCAUGUCAUUGGUUGGCUCAGCCUGGCAUGGGUACCCUUCACCUGUUCAGAUCCCUAAAGACCCGUAUCUCCUUGAAACACUGGGUUUCCUUGUUGCCGCCUUGCUUUGGGCCCUUUUGGUCCUACCAAUGAGAAAUAUGAAGCUGGAUGGGGUCCUUGGUGGAGGCCUUUUCCUCAUCUAUUUCACUUCCAUGUCUUUAAGGGUAAUUAAAGCCCUCUAACUCUGUACCUAGUAGUUAUCGGCUUCAAAUGUAAGUGUUAGAUGCUUGCAUUGAUCCCAUAUGGGUAUGUUUAAUUCUUUUAAAGUUCUUCCA